GCGGUAGUUGUUUACACACACCAGCUGAGCCUGAGGACUGUGGCUGUAACCUUACUACAGUAACGGGGUUGUGUAAGCCUGAGGACCACACUACCGGGGUUGUGUAAGCCUGAGGACCACACUACCGGGGUUGUGUAAGCCUGAGGACCACACUACCGGGGUUGUGUAAGCCUGAGGACCACACUACCGGGGUUGUGUAAGCCUGAGGACCACACUACCGGGGUUGUGUGACUAAGAGAGUAAGCUGCAGGGAGAGUGAAGGUGUCCAACAGGAUGAUCAUGUGGAGGAGUGCAUCCAGGCUCACACACAUGGUGACAAGACAGGGCCUCAGUUCACCAAGACAACUCCAGAUGUCUUUGAUCCGUGGGAAAACAGGAAAUCUCACUCCUCUUUUACAUAAGACAUUGGUCCGUCCAGUCCAUGCGAUGAGAAGCCAAGCUGCCCAUGCUCGUGAUGGCUGCUCUGUCACCUUCAUCAUCAAAUUAGCGCUGAGUGGAGGUACUCUUCUGGGUGUAAAGGUUUUAACCUCUCCAUUAAGGGUGGAAUGCAAGGCAAGCCAGCGAGGACAAGAGAUACAUGACAGACUACAAGGAUCAGAGGAAAGUGAGGACUCUAAAGAUCCUCCAUUUGAUUGGCUUGCCUUCUGGCAGUUACUGAAGCCUCAGCUGCAUUACUUCUUGGCUGCAAUGGGGAGUGCCCUAAUUGUUGCCUUGGCCAAUGUUCAGGUGCCAAUUCUUCUGGGAGAUGUUGUCAACGUGGUAGCAAAUUUUACAAGUGAAGCAACAAAUGAAGGAAGAAACUAUAUGCAAGAAAUUUCUGCUCCUUCUGUUAAACUGCUUCAGUAUUAUGUUGCUCAGGCCAUCUUCACCUUCUCAUACAUAACUUUUUUAACAAGGAUGGGUGAGCGUAUGGCAGACAAUCUCAGGCAGCAGCUCUUUACCUCUCUCCUUGAACAAGAUAUUGCUUUUUAUGAUCACCACAAGACAGGAGAACUUGUGAACAGGUUAACUGCUGAUGUACAAGACUUCAAAAGUUCCUUCAAAAUGUGUAUAUCUCAAGGCCUUCGUAGUGUCACUCAGAUUGUGGGUUGUGGAGUUUCCAUCUACAUGAUCUCCCCACAAAUGGCAGGGUUGACUGCACUCUUAGUACCAGUCAUUAUUGGGACUGGUACUGCAUUAGGAAGCCUUCUGCGUGACGUCUCUCGGGAAGCACAGCACCAGGUUGCCCGAGCGACAGGUGUUGCUGACGAAUGUCUUGGUAACAUGCGAACUGUUCGAGCAUUUGCUAUGGAGGAUGCAGAGAAAGACCUAUUUGCCAGAGAAGUAAAUAAGUCAAGGCAGCUUAAUGAACUCUUGGGCCUUGGUAUAGGGAUCUUCCAGGCUGGAUCAAAUCUUUUCCUGAAUGGAAUAGUGAUGGGAACCCUGUAUGUUGGAGGCAGACUAAUGUCCAACAAUCAAAUUAAACCAGGUGAUCUAAUGUCUUUCCUGGUGGCUUGUCAAACCAUUCAGCGGUCCCUAGCUCAGCUCGGCAUUCUCUUCGGAACUUAUGUCCGCGGCAUCAGUGCUGGUGCACGGGUCUUUGAGUAUGUCAGUCUGGAUCCAACAAUACCUGUAAGAGGUGGAAAGGUAAUCCCAUACCAUUCUCUAAUGGGGAACAUUGAGUUCAGAAAUGUAUCAUUUGCUUAUCCUUCAAGACCUGAUCAGGAAGUGUUACGCAACUUCAAUUUACGCAUCCCAGCUGGUCGGGUCGUGGCUCUGGUUGGAGCGUCAGGAGGCGGCAAGUCUACCGUUGCUCAGUUGAUGGAGAGAUUUUAUGAUGUGAAGAAUGGCUCCAUAACAAUUGAUGGACUUGAUCUUCGCUCUCUGGAUCCCUCCUGGCUACGUGGCCGUGUUGUUGGAUUCAUCAACCAAGAGCCAGUGUUGUUUGCCACAUCCAUUAAGGAAAAUAUUCGCUAUGGAUAUCCAGAUGCUACUGAUGCAGAGGUAAUAAAUGCUGCAAAAACUGCAAAUGCCCACGAAUUCAUUACGUCUUUUCCAAGUGGCUACGACACAGUGGUCGGAGAACGUGGUGUGACAGUCUCUGGAGGGCAGAAACAGCGCAUUGCUAUUGCCCGCGCCCUUCUUAAGAAUCCAAGGAUACUGGUCUUAGAUGAAGCAACUAGUGCUCUUGAUGCAGAAUCCGAGGCUGUGGUCCAAACAGCUCUAGAAAGCUGUAUUGAAGGACGCACUGUACUUGUUAUUGCUCAUCGACUGUCUACCAUCCAGAAUGCUGAUGUUAUUGCAGUCAUGUCUCAUGGAAGACUGGCAGAGAUUGGCACUCACGAAGGGCUUAAGAAACUUGGGGGAAUUUAUGCUGACUUAAUCCGCCAACAACAAAAAGAAGAAAAAUCUAACAAGAAAAGUUCAAGAGAGUUAUAACAAUAGGAUUCCCUAGUUGGUUGAUUUGUAAGUUUAUAUUAGGAUUUGUUACUCAGGGUAAUGUCUUAUGAAUUUGAGUUUAUUAUAUUCUAGGUUUUGUUCAUAAAUGUAUUUUACUGUAAUGUACUUUACUUGUAUAGUAAUUUUGGAUAAUAAUCUUGUCUUGUUCUUUGAUUAUUUAUAAGCAAAAUAGUGUUUUGAACUGUACUUAUUUUGUUGGUUACUCUGUUGCUGCUGAACCAAGUGAAAAGAAGUUUUAAAGUCAUUUAUUGGAGAAAGAAAACUGCAUCAGAGGAACUAUGGGAUGUACAGGGGAAUUGUUGUGCAGAUAUUAUUAUAUGGGCUUUAAGCACAAGGUUGUGGAGGUAUGAGGUAGGCCAAAUCACUAGCAACAGAAAUGACAUCAUUUAUCAGGGUUUGCUCAGGUGGUGUGCACAUAUGAAGAGGAUAGAAAGCAAUUUUUUUUUCUUUAAUAUGUAUAUAAUUCAGGGAUAGAUGAAAGAUUGGGUGAAGGAUGUAUUAAGAGUGAGGGAGUGGACAUCAAGGAAGUAGUGGUGUGUAUAAUUGACUGGGAUCAUGUUGUCCACGUCUGGUGAUUGUUGGAGAAGGAUGUACGGCUGAGGGAUGAUGCUGAGGUUAGGUGAAGCAACAGAUGUAAGACAAAUAGAUAUCUCAGACCAUAUUGUGGAUGGGGAAACCAUUGUACUGUAGAACACAUUUUUUGCAACAAUUAAGAAUGAAUAGAUGACAGCAAAUGAAGGGAGUAUCUGUGUGUACAUAAUAAUAAUAAUGAUUAACGGUUUAUUGAAAAAGUUCAGCAGCCCCAAGGCUAAAAAUAUACAUUAGACAAAAAUGACUUAUUCAUACAAAGACAUGGGGUA